CUCAAGAGAAAAUAGAAAAUAAGCUCCUUAUAUUGGCUUCAGUGCGUUUUAGAAGUUGAAACAUCCUACACUGCAUUAAGAGGAGCGCAGAAUGAUGAAGCAUCGUUUUUUUCUGGUCUUUUUAGUUCUCUAUACUAUACUAGAACAUGGGAUUUUGCUCCAAUUAGUAGAAGGAGAUGAUGGGUUUGUGAAAGCAAGAGGAGUGCAGCUUAUGUUGAAUGGUAGUCCCUACUAUGCUAAUGGUUUUAAUGCCUAUUGGCUAAUGUAUGUGGCCUCUGAUCCAUCUCAGAGAAACAAGGUGUCAUCUGCUUUUCAAGAGGCAACAAACCAUGGACUUAACAUAGCCAGAACAUGGGCUUUCAGUGAUGGUGGAUAUAAACCCCUACAAUACUCUCCUGGAUCCUACAAUGAGGACAUGUUCCAGGGGUUGGACUUCGUAAUAUCUGAAGCCAGAAGAUAUGGUCUCAAGCUGGUGUUAAGUUUGGUGAAUAAUUAUAAUAACUUAGGAGGAAAGAAACAAUAUGUGGACUGGGCAAGGAGUCAGGGCCAGUCUGUAAAUUCUGAAGAUGAUUUCUUCACAAACCCUGUAGUGAAGGGAUACUACAAAAACCACAUUAAGAGUGUACUUACAAGACGUAAUAGCCUCAAUGGAGUUGCUUAUAAAGAUGAUCCAACUAUAAUGGCUUGGGAGCUCAUGAAUGAGAUUAGAUGCUCUUCAGAUCAAUCAGGAAAGACGGUUCAGGCUUGGAUUACUGAGAUGGCAUCUUACUUGAAAUCCAUAGAUGGAAACCACUUGCUGGAAGUUGGUCUUGAAGGCUUCUACGGCCAGUCAAAGCAAGAGUCUAAUCCAAACUUCCACGAAGGAACAGAUUUCAUUGCAAAUAACCAAAUCCCUGCCAUUGAUUUUGCAACAGUUCACUCGUAUCCUGAUCAAUGGUUAUCAGGUUCAAGUUAUGAAGACCAAAUCUCAUUUUUAGGUAGUUGGCUCAGUGAGCAUAUCCAAGAUGCACAGAACACCUUUCAUAAGCCUGUUCUCUUUGCUGAGUUUGGGUUUUCAACAAAAAAUUUCAGUUCUGACUCAAAACCAAGGGACCAGUUUUUCAAUGUAGUCUAUUCUGCAAUCUAUUCUUCAGCAAGUGGUGGUGGGGCAGCUGUUGGUGGCUUAUUUUGGCAACUUCUAACUGAAGGAAUGGAUUCUUUUAGAGAUGGUUAUGAGGUAGUCUUAGGUGAGAGCCCCUCAACAGCUAGUUUGAUUGCUCAAGAGUCUGAAAAGCUAACCCGAAUUCGAAAGAUGUACUCCAGAAUGAGAAGCAUUAGAAGCACACAAUGGCAGGCUGGUGCUAAUGACAAAAACUGAGACAAGUCUUGAAGACUUUGGAGAGAUCUUCAGAAUUUUCUCUCCUCGUGAAUAUUAUAUGUUCAUAGCUUUAUAUCCAAUGAGGUCUUUAAUGAAAUGCCCUUUAGAAUAUUAUAUGUUCAUAGCUUUAUAUUUAAUGAGGUCUUUAACGAAAUGCCCUUUGGAGAGUCUCAUGAAUAUUAUAUGUUCAUAGCUUUAUAUCUAAUGAGGUCUUUA